AUGAACUCGGCCCCUGGAUUGGCACCGGAAAAACUCCACCAGAUCGCCAGAGAGCUUCGCUCUGCGAUCUUCCGGAUCGUAGCUCACUCCUGCGAAGUAGAGCCGUCAGUCGAGCUGCGAGAUACAUUUUCCAACAACAACAGUUUUUUUUCCGUAGUGAAAGGUGCUGGCUGCUUUCCCACGAAAGCAAAAGCAGCAAAGAUCGACGAGGCAAAGGCCGAGGGAGCUGCAUCCUCAAGUCACAUAUGGGGAAAAACUAAUCCACUGAAGUUUCCUGCUUAUUUGUACACAAAGGGUGUGUUCAAGGCGAACCACCCUUUGAUUAAGAUUGUCAGCGGAGAGGAACUAAUGCCGGCAUUUGACAAGUUUGCGCUGCCGCUGCUGGUGGAUGCGCAAGUCAGACGAGCGGCUAUUUUCCUGUGCUCUACAGAAUUUACUCGAUUCUAUAAACUUUACGGAAAGGCAUCCAAUGAAAAACAACUAACAGAGUUCCACCAUUCUUUGGUCAGAGAACUGGAGAAGCUCACAAUACCAUCGGGCCAGACACUGAAGAAACUUGAGGGAGAUCAAUUGCUGUACGAGAGCCUAACGGGGAAAAAGAGGAAGCGUACAGAUCUGUCGGACAUUGCAAGCUUUUCAGACCAGCUGGACAUGUUGUUGCAGGUGGCUGAGGAAAGAAUUUCACAGGAUUUGAGAUUUUGACCUUGAUCCUGAGCA